AUGAAAGCUGCUUUUGUAAAGGAAGCAGGAAGUUCAGGGAAACCUAGAUUAAUGAUUACAGUUGCUGUGGCUGCUGCUAGACGGUGGAUCGAUGCUAGUUAUGAGGUGGAUAAAAUUUCUGAACAUCUGGACUUUAUGAGCGUGAUGUGUUAUGAUUUUGCUGGUGGCUGGAACACUUUCACUGCACACCAUAGCCCUUUGUUUGUUGGAAGCAAAGAUCGUUGGGACUUUCUCUACUACAAUGCAUAUGAAACAGUGACCUACUAUCUAAACAAAGGUGCACCCCGAGAUAAGUUGCUAGUUGGAAUCGCAACUUAUGGACGAAGCUUUAAACUUGCCUCCACAAGUAAUAAUCAGCUUGGGGCUGCGACAGCUGGUGGUGCACCAGCAGCCCCAAUAACAAAAACAACAGGCUUCAUGGCAUAUUAUGAGGUGAUUAAAUGUAUAUGUGAUCUUUUGGAAGGAGGAGAAAGACAUUGGAUUGAAGAUCAGAAGGUUCCGUAUGCAGUCAAGGGAGAUGUAUGGGUGGGCUAUGAUGACAAGCAGAGUGUUAUUUCCAAAAUUGAGUGGGUGAGGCAGCAAAAGUUUGCAGGAGCUUUCGUGUGGACAAUUGAUUUUGAUGAUGUGAAAAACCAUUGUAAACAAGGUUCACAUCCUCUGGUACAAACGAUCAGGAGGGAGUUUUUAGGCAUUUCAGUUUAUCUCGUCAUUGAGGCUUUCAUACUCUUAACUGCCUUGCGCUUCGAGAGCAUGCAUACUUAG